AUGACAGAAAGCUCUUCCCCUGCUCUGCCUCCAAGACCCAUCCUCUCCCUGUGACAUCUGUGGAGAUUUCUCAAGGACACGGCUCCAGGGGUGCAGUAACUUUAAAUUCCUCAAAUCCCCUGAGUGCAAGGCCAUGGCUCAGAAAAGCCCUGCAAACAGCAGUAUUAAUCUCCCCUACAAGGACUUGACCUCCGAGGUAACCAGGCGCCGAGUCACCAUGAUCACGAGAAAAGAGAUAAUUACCCAGAAAAGUGAUGAAGCUAAGGAGAUGCUCUCCCACUUGGAUUUGGAACAAGCCCCUCCCCCUCGCAGGACCCACCUCGCAGUACCUCCCGCCCCACCUCCUUCUCCAGCUGAGGAUCCCACACUCUCCUAAGAUGUAAAACUUAUUUUGAAGUGAAUUCUUAUACAGAACUCCAGAAAACAGUUUCAGUGGCAUUCUUGAGGUUUGUCUUAGAAGACUCUUGAAGAUCUUUGUUCUUUCCUAUUUUUCUUCACCUAGAACCACCAUAGAGCAUGGUUUACCCUUGCUAAUAUGCUUAGUCAUUUUUGGUUUUUUAAUCCAAGUCUCUGAUAUGAUAUGCAUAUAUUUUGGUCUUUAUGUUAUGCUAUAGAACUGUUGCUGUAGUCAGUUGUAUUUAAAUUAAUAAACAAUUAUCAG